AUGGCAGGCUGGUUUGCAUCUUCCAACAGCGCGCUCGACGACCAGGUCGAGCGCGCUACCUCGUCGAGCUUAGAGGACAUGCCUCUGAACCUCGAAAUCUCCGACGUCAUUCGAUCCAAGACCGUACAGCCCAAGGAAGCUAUGCGCUCGUUGAAGCGGAGGAUAGGGAACAAGAACCCUAACGUGCAGCUUGCCGCGCUCAAUCUCACAGAUACCUGCGUUAAGAACGGCGGCUCCCACUUCAUUACCGAGAUAGCCUCGCGAGAGUUCAUGGACAAUCUCACAUCGCUGCUGAAGGCGCCUUCCGCCGUGGCCCCUAAUCAGGACGUCAAGAACAAGAUUCUGGAGCUCAUUCAAACUUGGGCAACCGCAGCCGAGGGCCGGAGUAAUCUCAUCUACAUUGGGGAGGUGUACCGGUCCCUGCAACGAGAGGGCUUUCGGUUUCCUCCAAAGGUGGACGUUGCCAGCAGCAUGCUCGAUAGCAGUGCGCCCCCUGAAUGGACCGACUCCGACGUCUGCAUGCGCUGCCGGACUGCCUUCACCUUCACAAACCGAAAGCACCACUGCCGGAAUUGCGGAAAUGUCUUCUGCGGCUCCUGCUCCAGCAAGACCCUCCCUCUCCCCCACCUCGGCAUCAUGGAUCCGGUGCGGGUCGACGAUGGAUGUCACGCGAAGUUGACGGACAGGUCGAGGGUAACGCCUCUGCCUAGGGGGUUUGAUGCCACUAAACCCAGUAGAACAUUAUAUCAGGGGUCUAUGGAGCCGAGGAACGCCCGUGUCGAGGACAGCUUUGACGCUGACCUCAAACGUGCCCUGGAGAUGAGUCUCGAGGAGGUCAAGGGGCAUUCAGGGUCUGGAUAUAUUCCACAGUCCCAAAUCCGCUCGCAGUCGAAACCACCCCCAAUAAAUGGAGCUACGAAGCCUUCUCAACCAGCUGCCGAAGAGGAAGACGAUCCCGAUCUGAAAGCUGCAAUUGCAGCCUCGCUGGCCGAUAUGGAGGAGCAGAAGAAGAAACAUGCCGCGACGUUAAGACAGCAAACCUCGACUUCCAAUGGAACCCCUGUUGUUACCCCUAAGAAUGACUACGAGCUUACACCGGCGGAGGCAGAGAACAUCAAUCUAUUUUCAACAUUCGUGGACCGCUUGCAACAUCAACCGCCUGGAACAAUUCUGCGGGAGCCCCAAAUCCAGGAGCUCUACGAGAGUAUUGGCAAGUUACGACCAAAACUAGCCCGCACCUAUGGCGAGACGAUGAGUAAACAUGAUACUCUCCUCGAUUUACAUGCCAAACUCGCAACUGUUGUUAGAUAUUAUGAUAGGAUGCUUGAAGAGCGGCUGUCAAACACCUACAACCAGGCUGGCGCCAUGUAUGGUCUUCCCCCAAGCUUGCAACGGCCAGCUUCAACAUUGUACCCCAAUAUUCAGCCUGGUAUGCAAGAUAAUCAAACUGGAGAAAGCUUUUAUACUGGCAAUGCGGCACCCCAAGAGCCGUACGCCCGACCGCAGUCUUAUUACGGAUACCAGUCAACACCACAACAAGCACCCGCAUCAUAUGCCCAGCAUGACAAGCGAGCCUCGGUACCUCCACAAUUUAACGCUCCUCCUCCAGAGUCGUACCAGCAACAGCCACAGCAACAGCCCUCACAGCCUUAUCCAAACCUUGCGUCUUAUACCGGCGGACAAGUGCCACAGCAACGUCCGCCAAGUAACCCCUAUCAACAGAAACCGUCAGCGCCAGAUGUAUCACCGCAGGUGCAGCGCCGAGCAUUGAGCCAGCAAUAUCCCUCCCAACCUCCAUCCGCAUACACGCCAUCACAAGCUCCUCCAUCCAUCGUAUCAGAAGCCGAAACCGCAAACUUCUACUACGCCGACUCCAACGCAGGCAAACAGCCUGUACCUCCUGUCCAGCGCACACUAAGUUUCGCGUCACAGGUUUCACAACCCCCGCAACCGUCGUCUCCGGAAUUGUAUCACCGCGCACCACCACAACAGACCCCUCUUUCUCCGCCGACCCAACCCGCGCAGGUCCAGCAGAACGCGCCGUAUCCGACACAGCAGCCGCAGCAGCAGCAGCAGCCAGCAACACAGUACUGGCAGCAAGCGGAACCGGCGCCCGCACCACAGCACCAGACUCCUGCACCUCAACCCCAGGCCGCCCAACCUCAACACCAACCUCAACCUCAACUAUCACAACCUCUCCAAGCACAAGCACAGCCACAAGCCCCCCCACCCCAACAACAAUAUUGGCAACCGCCACCACAGAAACAACAUUCCGUACCGUCGGCUCCAGCGCCUGCUCCUUGGCAACCUGUGCCAUAUACGACCGGUGGGUAUGGCCCUGAGAGUUUCCCGUCUGCGCCACAAAAUCAGUUGCCCGUGCAGAAUUUAAAGGCGGUCGCGGAUGAGCCGCUUAUUGAUUUGUAG